GUCUGAUGGACCGAGAGGUGGCGCUGCUGGCCGACAUGGACAAAGUCAAAGCAGAAGCACUGGAGAUCCUGGACUGGCGCCAGAAGAGAGCAGAAGAGCUGAAGAGGCUGGCCGACCAAUCAGCAUCCCUGACAGAGGAGCAGCUGACUGAACUGCGCGCAGACAUCAAGCACUUCGUCAGCGAGCGCAAGUAUGAUGAGGAUCUGGGGAAGGCGGUGAAGUUCAGCCACGAGCUGGAGCCGCUGAAGAGCAGCAUACUGACCUACGGCUCCGUGUACCACCCUCAGACAGAUUACUCCAGCCGCUCUCGCUGCAGCUCCAGCUCCUCCUCCGUGACCGGCUCCACCCCUGCAGAACCACAGCAGCAGCAGCAGAGCUACAGCCGGCCCGGCGGCCCACACAAACAGAUUUUCCAUGGCAACAGGCGCAUCAUUCAGGGUUACCAGGGAAACCAGCGAUAUAAUGGAGGCGUGCAUCCUGAGCGAAACCCCGGCCGGAGCAACUACCGUCACCAUGGAGACCGCAGUCACCAGAGCAACUCUCAGCCCACCAGUAGCACGAGAGGCUCCUCCCACACCUCAGCCAAUCGCUCUGAGCGACCCGCCCACAACGGGCUUCCACAGAGGCCACCGCGGACACACUGCCCGUGACACGCACACACACACACACACACACACACACACACACACACACACCUGUGGGAUGAAGAGAGUCUGGUUUACACCUGAGCGGAGCCGCUGCUCUUCACCUGCUGUCGUCUCCACUCGUCUGUCGUCUGCUCCUGUAGAGCGCAGUGUUAGCGUUAGCGUUAGCAUUAGCGUCUGCUGAUGAGUGUUAGCCGUUUCCUGUUCAGAUGAUCAACACUAGCGUGCGCGAGCGAGCUCACCGUAUACCUCACGCUGCUCAUUCCCUGCGCUGUUCUUCCGCUCGCCCCGCCUCCGCUGGCCUUCCUCAGACUCUGAUUGGACAGAAUCUGUGCCUGUGUUUGCAUGCUGAUGUCAGGUGUGUGUGUGUGUGUGUGUGUGUGUGUGUGUGUGUGUGCGCUCCCCCUCUCCCCCGUGCGUCUCCACGCUCGCUCCUGUACUCGUGUCAGCUCGGCGUGGUGUUGCGCAGCGUGGGCCGUGUGUUCUGCGAUGCUCCGCUCUGAUUGGCCUUUGGUUCUUCCUCACCAAUAGGGCACGUCUGCUUUUGUUUGUUCUGGACUGAUCUGAGACCUGUAAUCAAGUGCCUUCAGUCAUGUGAUCCUCCGUCUCGCUUUUCUGCUCCGUUUCGGACCAAAGACCUCAGACGCCGCGGCUCCUGCGCUAGCUAACACUCUCUCUCU